CUUUCAAAAAAGAACCCGAAAGUAUACAGAAGGGAGAUAUUGUAAUGUGUGGAAGAGUGGGCGCCAAUGGAGAAGCACAAGGACCCAAGUCUUACCUGUCAAAAGUCGUCCUCUUCACAUUUAUAGGGUCCCAACUUCCAACCACCCAUAUAUACCCCCACGCCCCAUACCCCCCUUCUCUAUUCAUUACCACUGUCUCACCAUAUAGUAAAAUCUGCCAAAAAUGAACUCAUGAUUCAUGGGUAAAGCCACCAGAUGGUUACGUUCCCUUCUCCGCUCCAAAAAGUCGCCGACGGAAUCAUCACCGGCCAAAGCCAACGAUGUAAGGGGUCUCGGGAAAUCGUCGAAGGGAAGUGGGAGAAACAUUGUUGAAGACCCACCGGCGAGCCCUUGUGUGGAAGCACUAGACGCUAACAAACACGCCAUAGCAGUUGCGGCAGCUACUGCGGCGGUUGCCGAGGCUGCGUUGGCAGCUGCUCAGGCUGCGGCGGAGGUUGUUAGGCUUACAAGUGGUAAGAGGUCAGCUUCCGCCUAUACAUACGGUACUACAGUUGACUGCCGCCGUGAAUGGGCUGCCGUUAAAAUUCAGUCUGCAUUUCGAGCUUACCUGGCUAGAAGGGCACUGAGGGCAUUAAAGGGACUAGUAAAGCUGCAAGCACUAGUCAGAGGUCGUAUAGUGAGGAAACAAAGUGCAGAUAUGCUCCGACGUAUGCAAGCCAUGGCUCGAAUCCAGGCUCGAGCUUCUGCCAACCGGAAUGUAACUUCAGAUCCUUCUCAUUCCAGCAUCAGGGCUUCACAAUUUGAGCAUCCUGGGAUUGCAACUCCGAGAAAGUAUGAUCCACAGCAGUAUUCAUUCAAUUGCAAAUAUCAUGGGCCGAACCUGAAGAAAUCUGGUUCCAAAUUGAAACCGCAUGAGAGCUUUGGUCAGGAUAGAUCACAUUUGGCUUCACAAUGGAUACAUCACUGGAUGGAGGAAUGUGCAAGAAAUGGCUACGGUGAUGCUUCCCUGAAAAAAGGUGGUGGAGAUCAUGAUGAGAGCACUGACAAGAUACUUGAGAUAGACACAUGGAAACCACGUUUGAACCCCAAACCAAGUGAGAAAAAGUCUCACAAUUCACAUUAUUCAUCUUGGAAUGACAAUGCUCACGGAACAAGAACUGUCAACUCUAUAUCGAAACAUUUGGCAAACCAUAUGAAACCAAAUCCUAGUAUAUCAUCAGGGGAAGUGUCAUCUUUAAGGUCACUGGCAUUUUGUCAAGAUACUGAUCAGCCAGUUGUUUGGACUGUUGAGCACAGCCCUGGAGUGCACUCCACAUUGUCCAGACCAGGGAGUAGCAGUAGAAGAGGCCCCUCUCCAUCGAGAAGCGAGUGCUCACGAAGCUUGUUUGGGGACUACCCAGGUCAUCCCAACUAUAUGUCUAAUACAGAAUCAUACCUUGCGAAACUUAGGUCACAUAGCGCACCCAGGCAAAGAAUGCAGUUUGAGAAAAUUGGUUCGACAAAGUAUGUUGAUGGACUUGUGGAUGCAGAUACAACUUCAGAGAAGAGUUGGAGAUCGUUUGGUAACUUUAGGAACAAAGCAAAACCAGGAUCAGGUCAAUCAGACCGAGUAGGAACACCUGAUCAUCGCAGUGCUGUCCGUUCUAGCUCUUCCUUUGGCCCGAGACAAUAAAGAGAUGCUUCCUUUGACAAUUGCGAAGCAAUUUAGUCAUGCUGUACACAUCCUAGUAGUAAAAAUCAACCUCGAUGUCAAUGUGACCAAAGGUAAGUACUUGCCAAGCUGAUGACAAGACCUGUGGUUGUAGAGUGAAAAUAACAGGUUGCAAUUAUCUUGUUUGAUGGUCGUUUCGGAUUGUCUUCUGUUGAGUUAUUAAAUUUUGGUUGUAACAACGUUAAGUUAUUAAUUAUUGCCUGUAACAAUGUUCGAUAAAAUGUAGUACGACCAUUGUUACCAUCACUUAAGAGUUGAGGAUGACUUGUUAAAUACCUGAUGUAAAUUAUUAGCGUGACAUAAAUUAUUUUAUUUGAUAAAGUAAACUGACAAAAUUUCAUUCAA